UUGUUUAAGAGCAGAUUUAGUGGAGAGUCAUUCUUUCACAAAUUUUCGCAGUGAGCAGAGCUCUUGAAAGUAGAAAAUAAAAAAGUAAAAUUAAAUUUCUCUCUCAGAGUCGUUGUGUCGAGCAAGCUUUGGUUUUUCGCAUUUACAUCGUCGCGUGCAACUACAUUUCUAUUAAAUUGUGGUAGAAUAGUAUAGAAAAUGGUUCCAGUUACCAAGGAAGUGCAAUGCCAGCUGGCAGAAAGCGAUGAGGCCGAGCAGCAGCCGGAGACCGUUGUCACCCCGAAGAGCGGCCGAGUGGGCAUCUUCAAUGCCGAAGACUUUCUGUCGCGUGCUCAGACCAACGACAAGAUUAACAACAUUUUGCGCUCGCCCACAAAGUCUCCGAAUGGCGUGCGUCAACGCUCGGUGUACACCAACAACAACCCAUCUCCGCAGUCGUCGGUUCGUUUGCCCAAUGCGGCAGCAUCGCUUUCAGCUCGUAUGAGCAGCAUAUCGCUGAACAGCGGCAGCGCCAGUGUGGGCACCAACACUUCAGUGCUGGCCAAGGAAUGCUCUAGCCAGACUAAUGCCAUAGGUGCCUCGGGCUCCUAUCGUGCCAUGGGAAUGGGCAUGCACCAGUCGCAGCCGCUGCUCACUGCCGUUGCAGACUUGGAGCCACUGGUCCUGAGCACUAAGUCGUUGACAGCUCGCUUCGCCUACGGUCAGCCACAACCGCAACCCCAAAUGCACCACACUCAGCAGUAUCCGUCGCCCAUGCCGCCUCCACCUCAUGCCUUGGGUCGUGUCAGCUCUCGCACUUUUGAGUUCGAGAAUAAUCCACCACCACCACCGCCAUGUCCUGGCUCCGGACCGAUUGCCAUGUCCAAUGGCACCAUCCAGCUGCGCUUGCGCGAGGGAGUCAGAAUCGAUAUGACUCUGGACAAGGCCGUGCGUGUGUUAAAUCAGCGCAGCAUGGUGGCUGUCGCACUGUCGCGCAAUGGCACAAACUCUGCUCUAAUCCAUCCCAAUGGUCGAAUCCUGCAGAGUGGUUCCAAGGUGGAAAUCGUGACCUAUGACGGCAUGAAGACCAACAAUUUUGUGCGCUAUGCUAAGAUGUGGUACAAGGGUGUGAGCUUCACUAGCGAGUCUUGUGCUUUGAUUUAUCUGGUGGACACUGCUGGAACACGCACCACAACCGACACUUUCACUGACCUGACUAAGGACUACACUCUGGCAGUGUUUUAUGACGACUCGCGCCACGGUCCCUCAUUUGUGCCGGAUGCACAGGAGGUGAUUGCAAAGUCAUCCUACAGUUGCGCAGACGACGGCACCGAGAUGUACGACAUCAAUGGUUUUCGCAUCAUUCAGGCCGCCGAUGGCCUGGUGAAGGUGACUCGCCAACACAACAAGGGGCUCAUUCGCACCAGCCCUGGCAAUGGAUCGGUCACUCUGACCACUCUGGGCAUCCACUGCACCGCCUCCUUGGGCAAGACCUCGCAUCUGUUUUUACGUCGCAAUGAAAAGCGUAUGCAUUUUGAUGGAGCCAAUUUUAUAGUGCGCAAUGCAGGGCACUCGGCCGGAUUCAAUGAGAACAAUCUACUGAUCGUGUACUAAUUUAGUUCCAUCCUAUCUAUAAGACACAAACACAAACAGACAAUAUCCAAGGUAGUUUUUAGGGGCCGCUAGGCUUCCGUAGAGUGGAGAGGGAAAAUUACUAAAAUUUGUUAAGAUCACAGACAUCACAGACGUUUACAAGAAGGAAUUAGAUUUUAGUUAUAUAUACAGCAAAAAAAAAAAAACACGAGUACAAGUCCACUGCCCUGCCUACUACUUGAGAACGCUGACCACUUCUAACAAAUAAAGGGAUCAGCGUUUUUAUUUUUAAGGCUCGAUUUGGCAUACAGAAAAGAGUUCAUCAAAUUUCAACAAUAUUUUACACAUAAUAGGAAAAAAAAAAAAAAAAAAACACAUUAUGUACAUUGAGAAAAGCCUUAAAAAAUUGUUCACAUGCAUAAAAAUUAGAAACACUAUGCCAUGGCGCAAUGUGUAUGUGUUACAAUAAGUAGGCGGUGGCCUUUAAGAGGUGGUCCGAACCUUCAAUGCGUUGUUAGUCUGAACAGAAGACGACCUUACAUUACAGUUACUUGUUAAAGUUAAGAUUAGUUUGUAGUUGCUGUGAUGCUCCGAACAUGGGAAGUCACACAUCAAAGUGAAAUAAUGUUGCAAACUAAGUUUUGCAAAUUCAAAGUGAGCGAUAGACCAAUACACCAUGAGCACGUUUACAACACAAGUUACCCGAAAGAAAAGUGAGAAAUUAAUAAAUACAUGUUGAUAGAAAACGUAUAAUUGUUGACAAAAACUAUACACAACGUCCUCAAUUAUUAUAGGUACAUAUACACAUACAUCCUCAUACUUCACAUAUGAACAUACAAAUAUAUAAUAUAUGUAUUUCUGGCCUAUGUGUAAAUCUGUCAACAUUUCUUCUUUUCACGCUUGGUGGCUUUAUGAGAUUUGUGAGCCUUACGACGAUCUCACAUGAUCCAAAAUUCAAGAGCAUGUAUUACAAAAUUAUUGUAUGGAAUUAUCAAUAAAAGUUUGAUAAAACGUUA